UUCAUCCGUUCUGUUUGUUCCUAGAUGUCCUGAGGAACAGCUGACUACAUCCUCGCGAUGGGCAUCAGCUUCAGGUACUGGGAUGAUUGUGUCGAUCAUCUCGACAUGGAAGCGCUGUGGAUGAUUCCCGACGUCAGCACCGAAUGGACCAAUGCCGGAGAGACCAGAGGUCAGAAAGUUCACCUCUCCAGGGAUCCUGAUGGCCAGAAAUAUUUGACUCAGAAUGAGAUGAGGGCUGUGGCGGAGAUUACUGUCCGUAGAUAUUUCUCUUCAAAGAUUGAUCCGGAUAUGAUCUGUGCCAUUGCGGAGCUUGAAAGUGACAGACAGAUCCUUGUUUCAAGAUUUAACAAGAAAACGAAGGAUACUACGCUGGGGAUAAUGCAGAUUUUACCGAAAACUGCAGAGUGGUUGAAUAGUGAGCAGGGCUAUCUUGCAUAUCAAGUGAUAGGAAAUGAAGAAGUUCUCUAUCGACCUUUUGUAAAUGUUUACUUUGCUGCUGCCUACCUAAAAUGGUUGUCAAACUUCGAGGAAAACGAAAGAAGCGAGGAGUUUGUAGUCAGGGCCUACAGAGGGGGUACAAAGAAAGCGACGCAUAAAUCUACUUUACCAUAUUGGAAACGGUAUCUUUCCGUCAAAGAAACAUUUACAUCCAGAAAAGCUUUUGAUUGCGGAGCUCUGAUGAGUGAUCCUUCUUUCCUUGUAGUCCCUGCAGCACCCGAUACAGGCGCCACAUAUACAUAUUGGGACUCUAGGGCUUCUCCUGAAGAUAUGGAAGAUAUGUGGAAUCACCCUGAUGUUGUUAAAGAAUGGACUAAGUCUGGAGAAAAACGCGGAAAAGUGCGCUUUUCACAUGAUGCAGCUAAGAAACCGUAUCUUUCCCGUGGGGAAGUGAGGGCAGUUGCCGAAGUCAUCCUCCUGAGACACUUUGCUUCAAGAAAAGUUAAACCUACAGUCCUAUGUGCUCUUGCGGAGGUUGCCAGCAUGCGUUUUGUGGAUGGUGUUGGAGAACGUACUGGACUAAUGGGAGUGGACUUCCCGACAGCUUUAUGGCUUCACAAUGAGUUGGGGAACAAGGCUUACAAAGUUGAGUCUGCCGAUGAUCUACACAGGCCUUUUGUAUCGAUGUACUUUGGCGCAGCCUAUUUGGCUUGGUUAUCAGAAUACGAAGGCAGGGAAAGAACCCCUCAGUUCGUUGUUCAAGCAUAUCUUGGUGGCCCGGAGAAUGUGAAUCUUCAGGAGACGGGCCCACUGUGGCAUAAAUUUGAGGAAGCUCUGAGUAACUACGGAGACGUGAAGAGGGACAAUGGGAGCUGCUCCAUCUUGUAAUUCCAGAGCAAAGAGUAGAAUACCACAAAAUUGGGUUGUAAAUCCCCCCGGCCCUGUGGGACCUUCUUUGUUCUGAAGCGGUUGAACUGUUUCGCGGGCUUCUCUCCAGUAAUGAAAUUUGAUGUUUUGUCGUAAAAAAAAAAAAAUCAGACGUGUUUACCUUUAUUUGGCCGUCCUAAAAUUCAUCAAUCGGUUGAGGUGGCUCGAUGACGAGCUCUAUUCUGUUC